AUGGGUUCGGAAUUGAAUAACGCUCUGAAGUUCCUAGUUAAUCCGAGGAUUCCGGAAAAGCUUUCAUACGAGGAACUGAAGUCAACACUGAUUUCCCAUUUCGAUAGAGCUCGAAACAAAUAUGCGGAAAGUAUUAAAUUCCGUCAUAUUACGCAGCAGAGCGGAGAGACAAUUGCUAGUUUCGCACUACGUCUUCGCCAGGGCGCAGCUCAUUGUGAGUUCGGUGAGUUUCUCGACCGAAUGCUGACAGAGCAACUUCUGCAUGGACUAGCAGCACGCGAAACGUGUGACGAAAUCGUCGCCAAGAAUCCAGCUACUUUCGCAGAAGCAUACGACAUUGCCAAUGCACUGGAAGCAACGCGGAAAACGACGAACGAGGUGAAGGAGUUCAACGCAGCCACGCAGGAUACAACGCAUAAGUUAGGUUACGGUACACCUAAAUGGAAGCACGAGAAGAAGACACAGCGUCAUCGUUCAUCAUCUCGAGGGCAGAAUCAGCAGCAGAAGCACCAGGACGCAUCGAAACAACCGAGUACGAAAGGGAGGAAGGAAGACUACUCCUGUUACGGUUGCGGUGGUCAGCAUACAAGGAAGCAGUGCCGUUUUCGUGAUACAAUAUGCCAUACGUGUAAUAAAAGAGGUCACUUAGCGAAAGUAUGUAAAUCUAAAGAUUCUCGCGGAGAAACACGAACGAUCGCAGCAUUACAGCCAGCGGAACACGUAGAUACAAUCCGAAGCCAGAACAGAGUAAACACAGUAAAUUCAGUUAAAAAUCUCAUGAUCGAUGUUACAAUAGAGGGCAAACGUGUACAAAUGGAGAUUGAUUCGGGUGCACCGUGCGGUAUUAUUAACAUAAAAACACUCCGGAAAAUUAGGCCGAGAUUCGUGUUAGAAAAAACUGACAGGCAAUAUGUUAGCUAUACAGGUCACCCUAUUCAAUGUAUUGGUCGCAUUCCAGUCAAGGUUACAGUAGGUAACACAACACGCGAACUCAAUUUAUUCAUAGUAAAAGGACAGUAUGAUGCACUGUUUGGCAGAGAAUGGAUAUCUCAAUUUGUACACGAGAUUAACUUUGUUAAACUGUUUUCCACUACGAAUACGAUUCAUACCAUCAGUACCAUAGCUUCUAGUAUAACACAAGACCAAGCAGCUCGAGUAAAUCAAUUGUUAGCGAAGUAUAAAGAAAAUUUUAGUUCGAAAGCAGGUACGCUUAUAGGGCCGCCGAUCUCAUUACACAGAAAGCCGAAUACGAAACCAGUGUUUGCGAAAGCCAGAGAAAUACCAUUAGCACUUCGAGAUACAUACGCGAAAGAGAUCGAUGAAAAAUUGAAGUCAGGUUUGUAUAAGAGGGUUGAUUACUCCGAAUGGGCUUCAACGACGCAUGUAGUAGUUAAAAAGAACGGUCAUUUGCGAAUCACGGGAAACUAUAAACCGUCAGUAAAUUCUUGUUUAGUUAUAGACGAAUACCCCAUCCCGAAACCGGAGCAUAUCUUCAGUCAGUUGAAGGGUGCCAAAAUCUUCUGUCUACUGGAUAUCUCAGAUGCAUACUCCCAUUUAAUCCUUGAUGAGGAAUCCAGUCACAUGUUGACAUUGAAUACACCAACUCAUGGGUUAAUCCGACCGACACGAGCAGUUUAUGGAGCAGCAAGCAUUCCAGCAAUUUGGCAGCGCAGAAUGGAAGCAGUUAUUAAAGACCUUCGGAAUGUCCGAAAUUUCUACGAUGAUUUCAUCAUUUUCGCAGAGGAUUUCGAAAGCCUACUACAAAUUUUGGACGAAGUACUGGAAAGGUUUAGAGAACACGGCUUGCACUUAAACAAAGAGAAAUGCGUAUUCGCGACAUCAGCCAUUGAAUUUCUAGGACAUAAAAUAGACGCGAAUGGAAUACACAAAUCAGAUCGACAUAUACAGGCGAUUCAAAGGAUGCCGAAGCCAAACACACCAGAAGGUUUGCAAUUAUUUCUCGGUAAGGCUACUUACUAUACGAGGUACGUCCAGAAAGUAAGGUUACAACAGGUGUGA